CGGCGAUGCGAUUCGGACAAUGCUUUUUCAUCCGCAAUCCCAAGCAUCGAUCCUGGGGGUACCUCUGUUUCAUGGCGGGGACUGGGAGCCACGGGAACUAACGUCACAUGAUAAGGUUCGCCAUUUACCUUAUUUUGGGUUGUACGUAUGUCUAUAGAAUAUUACAAGCAUUUUAUCUGUAUCAGAUAAAACUUUCUCCAGAGUUCAGUCCGGCCUGUCUUGACAAAGAUAUGAUGUUUCCAAGGCAAGCUUUCGCGUCAGCAUUCCGACCUCUUUCCCGGUCACCACUUGUCUUGACUCCACGAUUCACGGCUUUCCAACUGCCGCAUGCCCUCCAUGCCCGGUUUCUCUCGGAACAAACAAGGUCGGCAAUUGACAAAGCCAUUGCGUCUGCACCUGUCGUUCUCUUCAUGAAGGGCACUCCGGAGACACCACAAUGUGGAUUUUCUCGAGCCAGCAUACAGAUUCUGGGGUUGCAGGGGGUUGACCCGAAGAAAUUUGUCGCGUUCAACGUGUUGGAGGAUCCCGAGCUGCGUCAGGGUAUAAAGGAAUACUCUGAUUGGCCAACAAUACCCCAAUUAUACCUUGACAAGGAGUUUAUUGGAGGUUGCGAUAUUCUGAUGUCUAUGCAUCAGAACGGAGAGCUCGCAAAGCUGCUUGAGGAGAAAGGGGUCCUAGUGGCAGCUGAUUGACUUAUGCGUGAGGUUCAAUAAAGGGCAGAUUGUUUACUCAUUUACUAUUUCAUCUUCUUCAUUGUAGAAUUAUUCAUGAUUUCCAUGUUGUGCUGUACUAAUAUUCUUAAAAGGCAAGGACGUGGUUUUAACCUUUGUUCUACUCAAUAACUUGAAGGCUACAAAUUGUGCUCAUCUACCUCUUAGUCGGCAUUUAUAUUGGCACUGUCAAAUUUACGGUACUAUAGUAAUCUCUAGUUUGAGC